UCGUAAAGAAAGGAGAACGUAUUGCAAGAAAAACGGUCAGCUGGACGCAGUUUUCCCUUCAGUUUACCGCGAUUAGUGAAAUCGAGUGGAUCCCGGUGUGGAUCGGGGCUUUCGGGUGCUUGUGGCAAAAGAUGUUUGACAUGAUUUUUCGCUGAGAGGAGAAAGUGAUUAAUUGAAUUUAUUAGUGAGGAAGGAAGUGAAACGAUCAGUUCAAGUGGUAAACAUACGUACGUACAUUCGAUUCGCCCCAGCAGAGAGCGGUGAUCGAUUUGAGUAACAGUGCAAUCGGAAGGACGGAAAAGAAGUGCAUUCGAGCAGAGGAAUAACACCGCUCAAGAUGACGAAGUGGAGGAGCGCACAGCUGCUUAGUUUAAGCAUAUGUCUAGUCAUAUUGAUUAGUCUAUCAAGCACAAAUGGAGCGGACUUGAAGGAUCGAGCACGUGCUGCAUUAUUGCUGGAACGGUCAGCUUCCGGCAAUGGAGCGACCAAAUGCAAGGCGUCUAUAUCUCAGCCAUGCCCGCCGAGCAAGUUCCGCUCGGCAUCGGGAGAAUGCAACAACUUCAACCAUCGUUACUGGGGUGCCCGAGGCGAUCCUUUCCUGCGUCUGCUCGAACCAGACUACGCUGAUGAUCGCACCAAACCGCGAACUUCGGCAGGUUCACACGCCCUACCAACUCCAGACUCGAUCAUUGGUCAACUUCAGAAAUCGAUUCCAUUUGGAGCUGUGCAUCCACACGUUACCGCUAUGCUCCCGGCUUGGGGUCAACUUCUGUCAUACGAUCUAGUCCAGAUCCUGUCGCCGCACUCCAGUUUCCGCUGCUGCCGGAAUGACUCAACAACCGCGGCCACAGAUGAGAUUAUUCAGUGCUACGUCCGCACCGGAGAAGGCUGCAAAGAAUACAAACGAUCGAUCCCGUCCACGGACGCGGGUACCUGCAAGUUCCAGUAUCGCGAUCAGAUGAACGCCGCUUCCGGCUUCUUGGAUGGGUCUGGCUUGUAUGGUACCACGGAGAAGGAAAUUCUCGCACUGAGAACGUACGCCAACGGCAAGGUUGAUAUUAAGGCUUGCCUGCGGUGCAACGAACCAGGCGCGAUCGGAGCCUUGCACACGAUUCUGCUGAAGGAGCACAACCGUAUUGCCGACGAAUUGUCUAAACUGCAAAAAGAGUGGAGCGACACAACACUGUUCUACGAAACACGCCGCGCGGUCAUUGCCCAGAUUCAACACAUCACCUACAACGAAUUUCUUCCCAUUGUGCUGGGAAGUCAGGUGGCCAACAGUCCUGAUUUGAGAAUCGAAAACGGAAAACAUUACAACGGCUACUCAUCUUCCAACCGCGUUGGAGUGUUCAACGAAGUCGCUGUCGGAGCCAUCCCAGCUUUCCUGACCAUGCUGCCACCGGAUAUGUACAAUGAAUCGGCCUCUGCGGAAAUUCUCAUUUCCAUCCCAUCGAUGCAGCAAACCUUCAUCCCCGAUCACGCUACCUUCAGUGACGAAUGGACACCGAUUGCUUUGGCUCUGCAGCGUGGACGUGACCACGGAGUCCCAUCAUACCACAAGGCCCUCAACCUGUGCGAAAAACGUUUCGGCAUCCCCUAUGGUUCUAAGCUGACCUUCGACGACAUGGAAUACUUCGGGCUGUCACCUGCGAAGAGGAAGAUUUUGGAGAACAUCUAUCAGGACGCUGAAGACAUUGAUCUAUUGGUUGGAGGUCUCAUGGAAACCGCCACUUUGGGAACCGUAUUCGGACCGACCCUGACAUGUCUUCUUGCCAUCCAGUUCACCAACCUUCGUAACAGUGAUCGCUUCUGGUACGAGAAUGACCUUCCACCGUCCUCGCUCAAUCUGCAACAACUUCAAGCCAUUCGCCGCGUUACACUGUCUGGACUGCUCUGUGAAGCCAAUGGAGUUACCAGGGCCCAGCCAAAAGCUUUCAUCCGCGAAGAUCCAUACCUGAACGCCCGCUUGAACUGCGAACAACUCUCCGGUCUCGAUGUGACAGCAUGGCGCUUGGAUGCUGACGAAGACGUCAAAGAAGAUUUGGAAGAACCUACCACAGUGGCUCCGGAGCUGGCCGAACUGAACAUCGACGUGAUUGAGAAGGCAAUCGCCAAGGCAAAGAACCAACUUAAUGACAGAAAGCGAUUCGAGUACGAAUCCUGGGUCAACCGGGGAGGAGUUGAUGCCAAGUCUCCGGCGGGAACUGCAGCUUCUUUCAGUAAGGCCAACAAGAAUGCACUGAUCAUUGCCAACACAUCGCUGUUGUACGAGCUGGCUUCCAACGAAAUCCUCAACAAUCUGCACUCAGCUCGUCGUCGCAAGCGUCAAACUUUUGACAACAAUCUGGGAGGCUUUGGAGGAGACGAUUUUGGCAACGCUCUGCAAUCGAUCGACGUCAACCAGUUCAUCACAGGAUCCAUCUCUCCGGUGACUUUGGAACCACAGUGCGAAAACUUGGAAGCUCCUUGUGAUACAACUACUCCGUUCCGUACCCUAACCGGUCAUUGCAAUAAUUUGCGUAGCCCGACACUUGGUCAAUCUCUUACUACCUUUGCCCGUCUGUUGCCAGCUGUUUACGACGACGGAAUUUCGCAGCCUCGCAUCAUUUCAAUUUCAGGAAACCCAUUGCCAAAUCCACGAUCUAUCUCUGCCUUGAUCCAUCCCGACAUUUCCAAUCUUCACACGCGAUACUCCCUUAUGGUUAUGCAAUAUGCGCAGUUCUUGGAUCAUGAUCUCACCAUGACCCCAAUCCACAAAGGCUUCCACGAAUCCAUUCCCAGCUGCCGAUCGUGCGAUUCGCCCCGUACCGUACAUCCUGAAUGUAAUCCAAUCCCAAUUCCACCUCGUGAUCACUACUAUCCGGAGCUGAACGUCACCAGUGGCGAACGUCUAUGCUUCCCAUUCAUGCGAUCGCUACCGGGUCAGCAAACGCUCGGUCCCCGUGAGCAGAUCAAUCAGAAUACUGCUUUCCUGGAUGCUUCCCAAAUUUACGGAGAAAACGGUUGCGUCGCCAAGGGACUUCGAGGUUUCUCGGGUCGUCUGAACUCUACCAUCCAUCCCAUCCGAGGAAAGGAACUGCUGCCACAAACGCCUAUCCACCCUGAAUGCAAAUCCCCGAGCGGCUACUGCUUCGCUGCCGGAGAUGGUCGUGCUUCCGAACAGCCAGGUCUUACCGUCAUCCACACAAUUUUCCUACGCGAGCACAAUCGUAUCGUUGAAGGAUUGCGAGGCGUCAACCCACACUGGAACGGUGAUCAGCUGUUCGAGCACGCCCGUCGUAUCGUCAUUGCCCAGAAUCAGCACAUUACCUUCAACGAAUUCCUGCCACGUAUUCUCAGCUGGAACGCGGUCAACCUUUACGGACUGAAGCUUCUGCCACAAGGAUACUACAAGGACUACAACCCCACCUGUAAUCCAGCGAUCGUGACCGAAUUCGCUUCAGCAGCCUUCCGUAUUGGUCACUCUCUGCUUCGCCCGCACAUUCCUCGACUGAGUCCUCAGCAUCAGCCCAUCGAUCCACCACUCCUACUCCGCGAUGGUUUCUUCAAGAUGGACGUCUUCGUCCAGCAGGCCGGACUUAUCGAUGAGAUCGCUCGAGGAUUGGUGGCCACUCCCAUGGAAACCCUUGAUCAGUUCAUCACCGGCGAAGUCACCAACCAUCUGUUCGAAGAUCGCCGCAUUCCAUUCUCCGGUAUCGAUUUGGUUGCGCUGAACGUGCAACGUGCCCGUGAUCACGGAAUCCCCUCCUACAACAACUACCGAGCGCUUUGCAACCUGAAGCGUGCCCAGACCUGGGAAGACUUGGGCCGUGAAAUCCCACCUGAAGUGAUUUCUCGCCUGAAGCGCAUGUACAACAGCGUUGACGAUAUCGAUCUAUUCCCGGGUGGUAUGUCCGAGCGACCUCUGCAGGGAGGUCUGGUGGGACCCACUUUCGCUUGCAUCAUUGCCAUCCAGUUCCGACAGGUUCGCAAGUGCGAUCGCUUCUGGUAUGAAAAUGAAGAUCCAACUGUCAAGUUCACUGAAGCUCAGCUGGCUGAACUUCGCAAGACCACUCUGUCCAAGAUUAUUUGCGAGAAUUUGGACAUCCAGGGUGAAAUGCAACGCGCUGCUCUCGAUCUCCCAAGCAAUUUCCUCAACCCACGUGUCCCAUGCAGUUCAAUGCAACAAAUCGAUCUCAGUGCCUGGCGAGAGAAUGUAGUUGCCGGGUGUCACAUUGGUGGCAAGCACGUCGACAUUGGCGACUCUGCCUUCCCUUCGCCGUGUACCAGCUGCAUCUGUACAAACGAAGGCCCGCAAUGCGCGUCGCUACGAAUUACCGACUGUGCCCAGUUGGCUCGCGAAUGGCCUCGGGAUGUGAUACUUCGCGACGAUGUCUGCAGUGCGCAGUGCGGUCUGGUGCUGCAGAACGGUCCCCAGGGGCGACAACUUCCAAUCAAUCUGCGAUCGCAGAAUUCGCAACGAGUUUCCCGCUCACGGGUCGUCCAACAGCAGACGACGGGCCCUGUCAGUUUCCAGGGCUUCCAAUUUCCCGAUCUAUCGCAGUUCAUCGGGUAAAAGGACUCCUCGGGAGAUUCGGAUACGGAACCUAUCUCAACAAUGCUAAUACAUUAUCGAUGUUGUAAAUACUGAGCGGCCAUAUUACUACCACUAUUUCUUUACCUUAUUCUAUAUCGAUUUUGUAUUGAAUCAACAAACUGCCCUUUUAGUAUGAUUCUUUAAUUUAAUCAACAAACUCCUGUUCUGAUCGCUAGUAUGGUUUUCUUACAGACAACCAAAAAAGCGAAAAGAAGCAUCUAACUAUUUCAAUUUCUAAUGUAAUAAAAAUAAAUUAUAAUCGAGAAACCAAGAAAUCCUACCAACCAAUAGUAUUGUAGGAGGAAGCAAAUUUCAAACAAACUGAACGAACACAAGUCGUGAAAGAAUUAGUGAUAUGUAAAUUUUAUGUCUACCAACUGGAUGGAAAAGAAAAUCAUUAGCUCUUAAGGUGUACCCGUUUAGGGGGAGAAUCUCGGAUCGUAAUAGUUUUAUAAAUGUAUGUAUGCGUACCAAUCAAGCAAUGGUUCUCGUACAGAAUUCUAAGUGCACCAAGAUGGACUUUCGAAGGAAUACGCUGAUCUGUGAACUUAUCCUAGCAUUCGUGUUAUUGUGCUAGAAUGGAAACAAUUUUAAAUAAACUGUAUUUAUGAUUUAAAAAUAAA